UGAUAUUAAAAGAUUACAUGUAACAACGAAAGAUUAAAAAUUAAGAUUAAAAAGAUUAAAAACUUGAAAGAUAAAAGUGCCUUUGAUGAUAGCCAUCCCCGGGCUGACCCAUUAUUACCUGUAACUUUUUUAGCAAGCUGUAUUGUUACCCUGAAAAAUAUUUACGUCAUUGCCAAGGUGAUUGCUUGUUUAUUGCACGUUUGUUUUUUCGGUAAACAUUGAAUUAGAGUAAUUGCGGACGAUUAUAAACAACUUUUGAUAACGAAUUUAUCACAAGCAAUAAUCAAAAGGUGAGGUUGAAGUUUGAAAUAGUUGCUCCAGUUUGCUUGUAAAGGUAUACAGGAAUAAAAUGUUCUCCUUUUAGAAUAAAGUUAUGUUCUGGACGAUGCGUUUGGUUAAAUUGAAGAAUAAUCAGCUCUUUGCUAAUGAAAAAACUAAUUAGAUUCUUGUAACUUAAAGUUAAAACAACUUUUACAUGGCACUACAAUGAAAGAAAAGGGAAAAACUAGAAUAAUCAAGCAAUCGUGCUUUCAAAAAUGAAGCUUCAGGCUGUCAGUAGUGUUCAAAAUGUUUAGUUUGGCUAUACAUUACUGAAUGACAACAAUUAAUUUUGGAUUUGUCAUUAACCUGAUGAAAGAGGUGCUAUUUGUUAUGUACUCUUAUCGUAAAGUUAAUGGUUCUCGUUGAAAGAGACAGUAACUCUGAAAAGGAAAAAAAAGGGAUGUUUUCUUCCAAACAAAUAUGGUUAGAUACACCUACUGAAUGGUCUGAUUGCACGGAAAGUAACCUCAUAAUUUAUUCACAACUAAAAGCAGCUUAAGCUUUCGUUCUCUAUUGUUGUUACAAUGAUGAAGGUCCUUCUUGUUUUGCCCGAAAAGCAGCAAUUAAUUGUCGGCAGGUGAUUUUGAACUGUUUUUAAGAAGUCUUUUUUAUGUAGAACGCUUUGUGUUAUUGGUACAAGCUACUUAAAGAGAUUACUUAUGAUUUAUUUGAUAUCAGACUGAUUACCAUAUCAAAAGCAUUUGUUGUUGGCAACGCAACGUGCUGCCUUGCAAGUCUUUGUCAUAUGGGUGCAUAAAUAAAUCAAAUUCACCAGCCAGUGAAUAAGUGUACUUAAGCGAGAAAACGAAAUAUUUGUCCUCCUCUGGCAAUCAUGGGGUGCGGAUCAUCAAAAUCUGUUGAAACUGCCGUCGUAGUCACGAAUGUGGACCACAAUAAACCCGUCGUUCGAGAUACGAAUGACAACGUUGAUUCAAAACCGACUCCACUUGAAGACAAGCCGCGAAUCAUCGCUCAUGAAGCCAACUUAACUGAAAGCAGCGAAAAGAAAUUUUCUCUAGGCGACCGAGUACAUGUUUCGGGAUACACAGGUAGCGUCAAGUUUAUCGGCAGUCUUGACAAUUUUGGGGACGGUGAGUGGAUAGGAAUUGAGUUAGACCGUCGACAUCCUCAAGGAAAUGAUGGAGUAUUUCACGGUGUUCGGUAUUUUACUUGCAAGGCCCAGCGAGGCAUGUUUGCCCGAGCGUCCACUGUCUUUCCACACACAGACGUGGAUGCCAUCAACGAAGCGGCAAGUAUUUCUCCUCGGACAAUCGCUUUUAUUCAGACUAGCAUGCGCCGUUAUCUUGCCAGGAUUCGACUCGCGAGAUUUCAGCAGCGGACGGGAAUCGAGAAGCAGAUUGACGCACACGUGUUGUCGACACCGGAGGAGAAAACCGAAAGCGUGGAGGUACUGAGCGAGUACUUGACGAGCCCCUGGCAAGGCGACAGGAAUAAAGCUUAUGCAAUCUUCCGCUGGUUGAGCUUUAACGUAGCUUAUGACGUCGAUGGGUUUUUUGGAAGGGCGGAGAAAAAGAGCAACGAUGCAGCCAGUGUAUUGCGGCAUAAAACAUCGGUAUGCGCUGGUUAUGCGAGUCUGUUUGAAGCCCUCGGUAAAGUUGCCGGAUUACAAGUGCAUUCUAUCGAGGGCUAUGCCAAGGGUUAUGGAUUUGAACCAGGCCAGCGGAUUAAAGACCAAAAUCAUGCGUGGAAUGGCGUUCAAGUCAAUGGAGAGUGGUUCAUUAGCGAGCCCACUUGGGGAGCUGGUUACCUAGGAGCUGAUUUGAUGUUCCACCGGAGCCCGGACGUGGCCAUGUUCCUUAUGGACCCUGAGUACGCCAUCUGCAGCCAUUACCCUGCUGACGAACAAUGGCAACUUCUCGACAAACCAAUCAGCAAGGAGGAGUUUGAGAGGUUGGUUGUGCCUUCCGGAAGAAUUCACCAGAUGGGAAUUGAAGUGCUCAGCCACAAGGAAAGCAUCUACGAUAUUAGUGAUGCAGAUAAUAUAGAAAUGAUGUUCUACUCUCCUUCCCUCAAGAUACUGCGAGGCGAUCUGAAGAACCUUUCUUGCAAAGAACACGAAGGACGAAAGUGGACCCAGGUCCUUCCAUCUGGGCUGAACCAAGUCAAAUUAAAAGCACAGUUCCCAGCCCCCGGCAAAUACAAGUUGAAUUUGUACGUAAGGGACGAAGUCUCGGCUAAUAAAUGGCAUCACGGAGUAGAGUACGUUAUCCACACCAACAAGGGAGUGGCGGAAAAACGAGGGGGAUUCCCACAGUUGGGAAGUGAGUUUUACGAAGCCGGGUUUCACCUGGAUCACCCGCUCGAGAACAUUGUAUCACAAGAUGGGACAGCCUGUAUCUCUUUGCACAACUACAACUCCCAAAUUUCCCGGAUCAGCGGCCAGCUGGAACUAGAAGGGAAAAACAAAAGCCUUAAAAAGGAAUUUCAAGGAUUUUCUUUUUGUUACUCUGAGAAGACGAACAAUGGCUUUCAGGUCAAGGUUCAUUGCCCGUUAGCGGGAGAAUACACUCUGAAAAUUUUCGCAAAGCACUUUGAUGAGGACCACUCAGAUACAUACGUUUGUACCUACUAUAUCAAUGCACUCUAUGGUGUAGGGCCUAUUCCAGGCUUCCCGAGAAUGUCCGACACGUUUGUCUCCUGGGGCCUGGAACUCAAGGAGCCUAGAGAGAACAUCUAUGUCCCGGAUGGCCGAGCGUCUGUCCAGCUGAAAAUCCCAGAUGAUGUAUCUGUUGUUGGGUCUUUAGCGGAGGGGAACCACAAUCUCGAUAACAGUUUGUGUUUCGCUAAGGCCGCAGAGGACGGUGUAAGCACGAUUCUUGUACACACGCCAGAAGCCGGCGUGUUUCAGCUGAACAUUUUUGGUAAAAAGACCGGAAGUAAAGAAACCGAAUACCUAGCAACAUUCAUGAUCAAGUCAGAGUUGGCAGCUAGUCCAAACCCAGGCUUCCCGUACCUAAAGGACGAGUUCAAAGACUGGGGACUGGAAUUGGUGGAUCAGGUCGAGAACAUUGUUUCACGUGAUAGUCACGUGUCAGUCACGUUUAAUAAUCCCAACAAUAUUUCUAUCAAGUCAUGGCUGUUUGAUGAGCAUAACAAGCAGAUUGGCAACUCUUGCCCGGUGGAAACCGCUGACCACAAGACCACGACGACGUGCCAGUUGCCAGAUACUGGAAAGUUUAAACUGAAUGUUUUUGGAACGAAUUUAUCAAUAGACAGCACAAAACAAGUGUUUCUAUGCACAUACAAAGUGUUGUAUACGAGUUAAGUGUGAUUUAUUGACACUAAACAGUUUGGAAUUUACUUGAUUGAAAGCAAGCAGAAGAGAGUGGAUUUUCAAGGACGCUUGUUCCUAUUUGACUGAGACUUUCCUCUGCGUGAUAAAUUGGUAAGAUUCGUGGAUUGAUUAAUCAGAAAACCGCUUUUUACAAAUAACCUCCAGGCAGUCUGUGCAAAGAUGAUUUGUUUCGCCUUGCAUGUUUUCCUGUCGUUUCUGUGUAUGUUUUCUCGCACUUGCCAUCGGGAGUUACAUGUUUUCUAGCGCUCAUCA